AUGGCCGGACUCGCAAGACACGUUGACACGGAUGAGCUCCUGAAGACGCUCAAGGACCACCCCAUACACAAGGCUGGUGGACGUCAUGCCGCCAAUCGAGCAACUUCCCAUGUCACGCCCUACUCGAGCCGGUACGCUGCUGGCACCGAGCUAUCAAAAUUCAAAAUUCCGCAUGAUGGCGCACCCGCCGACGUUGUUCACCAGCUACUCAAGGACGAGCUUGACCUGGACGGACGACCAAGUCUAAACCUCGCCUCGUUUGUUGGCACCUUUAUGGAGAAGGAGGCCGAGCAGCUCAUGAUUGAAAACCUGUCCAAGAACAUGUCGGAUGCCGACGAGUACCCAGCCAUGAUGGACAUGCAUGCCCGUUGUGUGUCGAUUAUUGCCAAUAUGUGGGGUGCGCAAAAGGGCGAAAAGGCCAUUGGAUCGGCUACCACGGGGUCCAGCGAGGCCAUCCACCUCGGUGGGCUGGCUAUGAAGCGCCGAUGGCAAGAGAAGAGAAUGGCAGAGGGCAAAGACACUUCCAAGCCCAACAUCAUCAUGGGCGCCAAUGCUCAGGUCGCGUUGGAGAAGUUUGCGAGGUAUUUUGAAGUCGAGGCCCGCAUUCUUCCUGUCAGCGAGGCAUCCUCAUACCGUCUUGACCCCAAGCUCGUCAAGGAGAAUAUCGACGAGAAUACCAUUGGUAUCUUUGUCAUUCUAGGCUCUACCUACACUGGACAUUACGAGCCUGUCGAGGAGAUUUCAAACAUCUUGGAUGAGUUUGAGAAGAAGACUGGCGUCGACAUCCCGAUUCAUGUUGACGCAGCGUCAGGAGGCUUCAUUGCGCCCUUUACCCAUGCCAAGGCGGGCCAGAAGUGGAACUUUGAGUUGCCACGAGUCAAGUCGAUAAACACCAGUGGUCACAAGUUUGGACUCGUGUAUGCUGGUGUUGGGUGGAUCAUCUGGCGCGAUGAGAGCUAUCUACCCAAACACUUGGUGUUCGAAUUGCACUAUCUAGGUGGAACUGAAGAGUCGUAUACACUCAACUUUUCCCGACCGGGUGCACAGGUCAUUGCACAGUACUACAACUUGAUUCAUCUGGGCUUCACGGGAUACCGCAGCAUCAUGGAGAACACUCUUGCAAAUGCUCGUCUGUUGAGCAGAGCGUUGGAGCAUACGGGCUGGUACCGCUGCGUCAGCGAUAUUCACCGCAAAAAGGGAGACUUCAAGUACGAACCGGGCAAAGAGCAGUAUGAAGAAGGGACGACGAGCGAAGCUUACAACGCCGGUCUGCCAGUCGUGGCAUUUUGUCUUACCGACCAGUUCCACAAAGACUUUCCUCACGUCAAGCAAGAAGCCGUCAGCAACCUGAUGCGUGCCAAGCAGUACAUUAUUCCCAACUAUCCGCUGCCACCGAACGAAGAGAAGACGGAGAUCCUUAGAGUAGUCGUCAGAGAGUCUCUGUCUUUGGACAUGAUCGACAGGCUGGUCACGGACAUUUGCAGCGUAACCGAGAUGCUCAUGAAGACGGAUGCCGUGGACCUGGCCGCGUUCCAGCCCGGAUCGAGCCCGAGUGUCGAGAAGCAGCAUGCGAGCAAGGGCCUCACGAAAGAGCACAAGCACAAGGCGCAGCGGUCGUCGGCGGAUGGCGUGUACCGAACCGUGUGUUAGCGACGAAGAUCCAGAUCUACCGCUACUGCCGUAUUUAGUGGACAUGGUCGUCUUGAUCUGCAAGGCGGCUAAGAAGCCGUUGCAGUGACGAGGCGGGGAGGGAUAACCGGUAUGCGGUAGUGGUAGACUUGUUUUGCAAAUCGUCGGCAAUGCGAGGUGUAAAUCAGUGAUGGCCGGCCCCGAUCCAGUGGGUUGUCGGCGAG